GGAGUCUUAGCGGCUGCGCGCUGGCCGCCCCGUCCUUUCGGUCCCGGCGGCGGCGGAGGAGCCAGCGGCGCCCACCCUCUCGUCCCAAGUGCGUUCACUCCAACUCUCCGCCCGCUUCGCAGUGCACUCCACCACUAUGACGGAACAGGCCAUUUCAUUCGCCAAGGACUUCCUGGCGGGCGGCAUCGCCGCCGCCAUCUCCAAGACGGCCGUGGCCCCGAUCGAGCGGGUCAAGCUGCUGCUGCAGGUACAGCAUGCCAGCAAGCAGAUCGCGGCCGACCAGCAGUACAAGGGCAUCAUGGACUGCAUCGUGCGGAUCCCCAAGGAGCAGGGGAUGCUCUCCUUCUGGCGUGGGAACCUGGCCAACGUCAUCCGCUACUUCCCCACCCAGGCCCUCAACUUCGCCUUCAAGGACAAGUAUAAGCAGGUGUUCCUGGGCGGCGUAGACAAGCACACACAGUUCUGGCGUUACUUCGCCGGCAACCUGGCCUCCGGCGGGGCGGCCGGCGCUACCUCCCUGUGCUUCGUCUACCCGCUGGAUUUCGCCAGGACCCGGCUGGCGGCCGAUGUCGGCAAGUCCGGCACCGAGCGCGAGUUCAAGGGUUUAGGAGACUGUCUGGUGAAGAUCAGCAAGUCGGACGGCAUCCGCGGUCUAUACCAGGGCUUCAACGUGUCGGUGCAGGGCAUCAUUAUCUACCGCGCUGCUUACUUCGGCGUCUACGACACGGCCAAAGGCAUGCUGCCCGACCCUAAGAACACACACAUCGUGGUCAGCUGGAUGAUUGCACAGACAGUGACCGCUGUGGCUGGCGUCGUCUCCUACCCCUUCGACACUGUGCGCAGACGCAUGAUGAUGCAAUCCGGGCGUAAAGGAGCCGACAUUAUGUACACGGGGACCCUACACUGUUGGCGGAAGAUCUUCAAGGACGAGGGGGGCAAGGCCUUCUUCAAGGGCGCCUGGUCCAACGUGCUGCGUGGCAUGGGCGGGGCCUUCGUCCUGGUCCUCUACGACGAGCUCAAGAAGGUCAUCUAGGGGCCG